UGUGUGUACGAGGGGGUACAGCCCAGGACACGCCCUUUUUCAGAAGAAAGCUUUUUCUUAAUGUUCUCGGUCAGGUUGUAUUGAAGCGCUCGCUGCAGCUCACUGACUGAGAGACCAUGACUGAGAAAAUAGCCAGAGGAGCCCCUGCUCCAGUGUCGGGGCCAGAAAAAGGCGCUCCUGUGGAAGAGGGUGAGCCCAGGGAGAAAUGGGCCAACAAGACGGAGUUCCUGCUCUCCAUGGCGGGAGAAAUCAUUGGCCUCGGGAAUGUUUGGCGUUUCCCCUAUUUGUGCUACAAAAAUGGAGGAGGCGUCUUCUUCAUCCCUUACUUUGUGUUCCUCUUCUUCUGUGGCAUUCCUUUGUUUUUCCUGGAGACUGCUUUGGGCCAGUACACCAGUGAGAGUGGGGUGACCGCCUGGAGGAAGAUAAGCCCCAUGUUCCAGGGGGUGGGGAUUGCAUCCGGAGUGAUAGUGCUCUAUCUGAACAUCUACUACAUCGUGGUGUUGGCCUGGGCUAUCUUCUACCUCUACAGCUCCUUCCAGAGCCCUUUGCCCUGGUCCACAUGUAACAACUGGUGGAACACUGAGAAUUGUUACGAUCACCAAGCUGGCUCUAACUGGUCGUUCCUGCACAACAUCAGCACACCAGACUACUUUGGAUCAUGGACAAAUGCCACCAUCGAUGACAUGCCUUUCCUAUUGGGAAAGUCAUCGGAGGAGGAGUUCUGGAUGCACCGUGUGUUAAGGCUGCCAAAUGAUGGGUCCCUGGGAAAGCUAAACUGGGACCUGGCUUUGUGUCUCUUCCUUGCCUGGGUUAUGGUUUACUUUUGCAUCUUUAAGGGAAUCAAGACCACAGGAAAGGUAGUGUACUUCACAGCUACUUUCCCCUACCUGAUGCUCUUGAUCCUCUUCUUCCGUGGAGUGACACUCCCAGGAGCGUGGGACGGACUGAUAUAUUACCUCUACCCAGACUUCAGCAGGAUCCGUGAUCCAAAUGUGUGGCUGGAUGCAGGGACUCAGGUGUUCUUCUCCUACGCCGUGUGUCAGGGAGUCCUCACCUCUCUGGGGAGCUACAACAAAUACAACAACAACUGCUACAGGGACUGCUUGGCAUUGUGUCUGCUGAACAGUGCCACCAGUAUCUUUGCUGGUUUUGCUGUGUUCUCCGUGCUGGGCUUCAUGGCUUAUGAGAUGGACCUGUCCAUAGAAGAGGUGGUGAGUAGCGGUCCUGGUCUGAUCUUCAUCGCUUAUCCAAAGGCUCUGUCGUUGCUGCCUGGCUCGUCCUUCUGGGCUGUGCUCUUCUUCCUCAUGAUCCUCUUCCUCGGCCUGGACUCACAGUUUGUGUGUGUGGAGAGCCUGGCCACAGGCCUCACAGACAUGUUCCCAGGUCAGCUGAGGAGGCGCGGCCGCAGGGAGAUCCUGGUCCUGGUCAUCGCUGUCGUCUGCUUCCUGCUGGGGCUGCCAUGCCUUACUGAGGGAGGGAUGUUCGUCUUCCAGCUGAUUGACACCUACGGCCCCAGUGGAAUCAGUCUCCUCUUUAUUGCCUGCUUUGAGUGCAUUGUCAUUUCCUGGGUGUAUGGUGCGGACCGUUUCUAUGACAACAUUGAGGACAUGAUCGGAUACAAACCAUUCCCCGUGUUGAAGUACUGCUGGAUGUUCAUCACGCCGCUCAUCUGUUGGGCCACAAUGAUGUAUGACUUGAGUAUAAAAAAAGAAGUCUACGUGUAUGGUUAUACAAUCGGUUCACAUUGGGGCAUAUUGGGCACGAUACUUGUCGUAACUCCACUGAUAAGCAUCCCAGCAUUCAUUUUGAUCUCACAGUGGAAGAAUCCCAAUACCAUGACUACUCCAUCCAGUGAUCUGCGUCAGGCUCGGCCAGACAAGCCCAUUCUCACGCUUUGUAAAAAAGCCAUCUUCAAGGCACAGCCGCCACCAAACAGGCCUGUGGAGGAGAACAAGGAGAACAGAGAGAAGAGGGAGAUGGAGGAACCCAUGGUUUGAUGGUCAUUGAUAAACAGACCUGUAGCUGAUGACUGUGCAUAUAGAGGUCAUCCUUAAACUGUACAAAUAUGUAACAAAAACACAUUUCUUUUUAUAUACAAACUUGUAUAAAUGUAUUCAUGAUGUUUCAUGUAUGUUUUUUAUAUUGGUACUCAAGUCUUAACCCUUUUUAUAAUAAAUAAUAAUUGAAAAGUCUCAUUAAAUGUUCAUUUUUUGCAACUAUUGUCCUAAUGGCUUGCAAAAGUACUUCACAGAUUGCACUCCUAUGAUCAAAUAUAAUCCUAUAUUAUGACCUACAAUCAGGAUGAAUAAACAAUCAAUAUUGAUGCA